AUGAGUACAAAACCGAGACAUGAUUGGUUUCAAUCGGAUACAGAUGUGGUCUUGACAAUUUUGAAACGUGGUGUGCCAUUAGAGGAUUGCAAAGUUAUUAUCUCGGAUGAUAACCACCUGACAGUGAAUCAGUUAGAAGACGUUCUUUUCGACGGAGAACUGUUCGGCCAAGUCACUAGUGAAGAUGUCACCGUCAAGUGCACACCUGCCAAGAUUGAAAUUCGCCUCCCGAAAAGUGCCCGGUUCUCCCGCUGGAAUUCUCUUCUAAGCGAUGGACAAGGUAUCGCUGCCUCUGCACCAACCACUUCGCCAACGGAGUUUAUCCCGAGUACAACUCCUAUUUCCAACGUGAAAAAGAACUGGGACGCGAUUGAGAAACAAGCAGUCAAGGAUGAAGAAGAGGAGAAAUUGGAAGGAGAUGCUGCGGUGAACAAGAUGUUCCAACAAAUUUAUGCAAACGCAACAGAUGAUGUUCGUCGGGCUAUGAUGAAAAGCUAUUCUGAAUCGAACGGAACUGUAUUAUCAACCAACUGGAACGAAAUCAGCAAGAAGAAAACCGAGACACAACCACCGGCAUGCAUGGAAUUCAAGAAAUACGAAAAAUAA